CUUCCUGAUCCUGCCCUGGAGAUUCUGUCGCUAGGGACGCUUUGGCCAAGGCAACCGCGAUGGAUCAGGACGAGGCGUUGAUGGCCGUGGACAAUAUUGUCACUCAGUUCAACACUUACGAAGAUUUCCUAGACUCGCAGAUCACUACCGUGGACUUGUACUACCUGGAGGAUGAAAGCCUGGCCCGACAGCUGGUGGAACUUGGCUACCGAGGGACUGGAGAGAUAAUAAAAAGGGCAGAUUUUGAAGCAAGGAAAGCAGCUAUAGAGAUUGCAAGGCUGGCUGAAAGAACUCAGAAAAAAACAUUAACAAGUGCUGGAAAAGACCUGAAAGAUAAUUUUUUGAAGGCCCUGGCAGUGAGAGAAGAAGACAAUCGCAAUGGGAAAGUGAGCUCUGUGAUCUUCAUUCGUGACAAAAAUUCUCAUGGACAAGAAGUGUCAGGAUAUAUUGACUAUGCCCACAGACUCAAGACUCAAGAUUUUGAAGUCUACUUUAAUGGGAAAAGAAGACUUCUUCCAAGGCCCACAGAUCUGAGUUUUUACAACUGGGACAGUCAUACUGCUGUUUGUAACUCCACUCCCAAUUAUCAAGUGAUUGCUGACAAUCCAGAAGGCUUACUUUUCAAAUAUAAAAGAGACAGAAAAAUUCUCAACGUGGACCCAAAGGCUCAACCAGGUGACAACUCCACUAGAAUCCCCAUCCAGACAGAUCUCUACAUACAAGCGAUCAUUUUCGACCACAUUUCCAGAAGGAAGACUUAAGCACCAACUUCUUAGAUGGUUUCCUAAUUGUUUGGUAAAUUUAAAUUGAUCCUGUAAUCAGAAGCAAAUUAGAAUCAGAUAAAUUAUUCUUGGUUCUGAUCCUUAGAAUAAUAAAAGUUAAUAUAGAAAUUAGAAAACUGUCAUCUUGCCUGUCUUUGAAUUGUACAGAUAGCCUCUUAACGUGAUUUGGGGUUUUCCCCUUUCUUUUUUUCCCCCUUGAACACUGAGGCGGAUUGCAACAGUUCAUGAAAGAAAAUCUUGUUGCCACUUCAAAGAUACAUUAAUUGGUGACAUAUUGUGUAGCUCAAAUUUUCCAAAACAAAAAUGUUCCAGGUCCCAUUAUUGCCAAAUCUAGUAGACCAAACAUGAUGCCGUGUGGCACUGCUGGCAGUGCUGUCUCCCCAAAUCAAUGGCUAGUGAUAAGGGAUUUCAAGUAGGAGGACCGUUCUAGGAAAUGCUGCACUAAUGCAAGUGCUGAAUGAGCAAAUAAAAUCUGAAAUAUUCCGUGA